CUUGUUCUUCACUUCCCACUCUCCAACUAAUUCGCGCAAUUUCAACUCAUGGCCGCCGCCGCCGCCAUCUCUACCAUCGCCGCGGUCAACCGGGUUCCGGUAAAUCCCUUUUAUCACAUCCCCUUCCCUACCCAUUUGCUUUACAUCUUUAAUACGGGUCGGAAUUUGCAAAGCAAGUAGUAGCAUUCGUCUAAUUGACGAAGUGGGUGGUGGUUGAUUUGAUUUGCUUGCAGUUGGCUCUGAACGGGUCGGGAGCCGGUCCAUCGGUGCCGACCUCGGUGUUCUUGGGGACGAGCUUGAAGAAAUUGGGGGGGAGGAGUGCGGUUGUUCCCCAAGUCCGGGUUCAAGGUUGUCGCGGAGGCCGCCCCUGAAGACGUGGACGAGGAGAAGCAGACGGAAGGGGACCGAUGGGGACACCUGGUGACCGACAUGUCCGACGACCAGCAGGACAUCAGCAGAGGGAAAGGUAUGGUCGACAGUUUGUUCCAGGCGCCGCAGAUGGCCGGAACUCACUACGCCGUCAUGAGCUCCUAUGACUACAUCAGCAAAGGCCUUCGAACGUACGUAAAUCUUCUUACUUUUACUUGCUCUGCCUUUUUUUGCUCUGUUUUCCGUUUUGUUCAUGGCUAAUCUAGGUAGAGUUGGUGUUUAUGCUAAUUGUCUAAACCUGUAGGUUUAAGGUUCGAAUUUUGUAAAAAAUGUUGUCAAAUUUGGUAUCAGUAUGCCUUCUGUAUGAAAAUAUGGGUCUUGGUAGCGUCGUUUUAGGUCUUAUGCACGAAAAAAGACCGAGAUUGGGGAUAUCAUCGAAUGAAGCCAUUGUUAGUUAUGAAUUAUGAUAUAAGAAUCUAUGAUUGAAUCUCUUCCAACUGCUUGAGUUAUUGGGGCCAAUUGAUUCUUGACAAACGGACUGAUAGAUUCUUGACAGUUGAAUCACUUGAUGAUGGUGUGACUACUGAGCUGAGAAGUUAGUUUAACCGUGAUCGUUCGGAUUCACAAUUUGGGCAUUUCAACCGAUAGUUGGUUGUGUUAUGUGUGGGCAGAUACGAUUUUGACAACACCAUGGGUGGUUUCUACAUUGCUCCUGCUUUCAUGGACAAAAUCGUCGUUCACAUCACCAAGAACUUCUUGAACCUCCCUAACAUUAAGGUAACUCGAUUGUUAAUUACUACAUUCCAAAACCCUUCGAUCGAUUAUUGGGUUCGAGUACUCAUUUGAUCAAGAUUUCACCUGUGAUUUUUUUCCCCCUUUGGUUACAGGUUCCCUUGAUCUUGGGUGUAUGGGGAGGCAAAGGUCAAGGAAAAUCCUUCCAAGCGGAGCUCGUCUUCGCCAAGAUGGGAAUCAAGUGAGCCCCUUCAAUUCCACACCAUUACAGCAUAUAUAGUGAAAUGUCUCAAAUGUGAAGCUAAUGUCAGAAUUUUCUGCAAUGACAGCCCAAUCAUGAUGAGCGCCGGAGAGCUGGAAAGCGGCAACGCCGGAGAGCCGGCGAAGCUGAUCAGGCAGAGGUACCGUGAGGCUGCUGACAUCAUCAAGAAGGGCAAAAGGUGCUGCCUCUUCAUCAACGAUCUCGACGCCGGCGCCGGUCGUAUGGGCGGGACGACGCAGUACACCGCAACAACCAGAUGGUGAACGCCACCCUCAUGAACAUCGCCGACGCGCCCACCAACGUCCAGCUCCCCGGAAUGUACAACAAGGAAGAGAACGCCCGGGUUCCGAUCAUCGUCACCGGAAACGAUUUCUCCACCCUCUACGCCCCUCUUAUCCGUGACGGGCGUAUGGAGAAAUUCUACUGGGCUCCGACCAGGGAGGACCGAAUCGGAGUAUGCACCGGUAUCUUCAGGACGGACAAUGUCCCCAAGGACGACAUCGUCAAGCUCGUCGACUCCUUCCCCGGACAAUCCAUCGAUUUCUUCGGGGCGCUGAGGGCUAGGGUUUACGACGACGAGGUGAGGAAGUGGAUCUCCAGUGUCGGAGUGGAGACGAUCGGGAAGAAGCUGGUGAACUCCAAGGACCCUCCCCCGACGUUCGAGCAACCGAAGAUGACAUUGCAGAAGCUGAUGGAGUAUGGGAACAUGCUUGUGGCAGAGCAAGAGAAUGUGAAGAGGGUGCAGUUGGCUGACCAGUACUUGAACGAGGCUGCUCUUGGUGAUGCUAACAAGGAUGCCAUGGAGAGUGGAACUUUCUACGGGCAAGGAGCUCAACAGGGCAAUCUGCCAGUUCCUGAAGGCUGUACUGAUCCAAAUGCGGGUAACUUUGAUCCAACUGCAAGGAGUGAUGAUGGAAGCUGCCUUUACCAGUUCUAAAUUUGUGAAUUUCUAGGGUCUUUCUUCUGGUUUGCUGAGUGGAUUUGCAGAGAAUCAAGGGUUGUGCAAUAUCCCUUAAUAUGGACUAGGGGUGUGCAACGGUUCGGUUCGGUCCGGACCGGACCAAACUCAUGAGAACCGCGGUCCAUUAGUGAAAGACAUGUUAGGACCAAGGACCGGACCAUUCUUGCAUUCGGUCCAUUUGGUCCGGUUCGGUCCGGUCCAAAUAUGAGCUCGGUCCACCAUUUCUUCAGUAAUUAUAAAAUUCAUUAGGACCA